CCGCGGAAAAAAAGUAAAGUCUAAUGCUUGUGACCAAUCAGGAAACAGAUGUAUCGAAGAAGUCUUCAACCGGGUACAAAAGAGUUUGUCUUGCUAUGCCCACCCUCUGCAGACCAGAGUCCGCAUAAGUGUGAACCUGAUGACGCCUUGAUGUUUCCUUCCCCUCAGGGUGUUUGUCCAGCCUCUCUCAAUCUCACAGACAAACGCGGACCAGACUGAUAGACACUGAAGCACAAAACUACAGGAUAACUGGUUCGCUAUGCAGCUUUCUCUUUUUUGUGCCCUAUUCUGGGUAUUGUUUGCCCGUGCUACCUUGAAUGGAGGGACAGAGACCCCUCAGACUGAACCCAAUGUGACUGAGAGAACAGAGAGAUGGAACGAGACAGACACAAAGCCUUUUGAACAGAAUGAGAACCAAACAUUAGAACAUACGCACACACACACUGAUCCACCUACACACCAAACAUCAGAGCAUACGCACACACACACUGAUCCACCUACACACCAAACAUCAGAGCAUACGCACACACACACUGAUCCACCUACACACCAAAUAUCAGAGCAUACACACACACACACUACUCUACAGACAGACCUGCUGAGUCAAGAGGAACCUUAUUCAUCCAACCUCUGUCAGGAUGGUGACCUGGAUGAUCAUGCAUAUGAAUCACCCAAUUCUAAGCCUUUAGUUAAAGAAUGUCUAAGAUAUCCUCAGGGAAAGCACUGCGAUACAUCCCCAGGAGAGCGGAAGUGUCACUAUUUAAAGGUAUAUUCCUGCUUCAUCUACCCGUCCAAUGAGCUCAACUGCUCCUGGACAUCCAACAAGCUCCCCGAUGGAAGCCAAUACUCUGCCUCUGUCAUUGGGUGUAAAGAAAAGGCCAUCUCUACUGUUGAUUGUGUUUGGGAUAAUAUUGGUGGAGGAACUCAGUCCGGAGCCAUGGUCAAUUGCCGCGGAGAGGCGGACGUUAUUCGCGCUUAUUCAGAGGAUUCGCUGAUUUUCAGUGUGAAUGUGUCUACACCUUAUAUCUCGUGCCUCUACACUACUAAGUUUCACUUCAAAAACAUAGUGGUGCUGAGUCCUCCCCCCAAUGUCACGGUUCAAAGGGUCAAGGGAGGGGAUUUGCUAGUCCAGUGGGCUACUCCCUACAGCCAGUGGAACUUUGCGGCCACUUGCUUUGAAUACGAACUAUCCAUCAACAACCAAGAGCCGAGGACGAUUAAAGAACUUCUGGACUACACUGAACCAAACGCAGACCCCUCACUCGCCUAUCAGGUAAAGAUCAGGACAAAGCCAAAUGGGAAGUGCCAUGAAGUUCACCACUGGAGUGCCUGGAGUAGUACCAUUGACGUGCCAGCGGAUACAUCAACCCAGUUCAAACCAUUGGUGAUUAUUGGUAUCACCCUUGGAAUACCCAUGAUUCUACUGGCAUUACUGAUAUUGUUCAGGCCCCAGAGGGUGUCCAAACUUCUAUUUCCACCCAUACCCCAGCCUCCCAAGAAGAUUAAACUUCUCCUGGAAAGAGAAGACUUGUUCCAGAUUGUCCCUACCCCCUUAUCCAAAUACGUGGAUGACAUCACUAUAGUGGAGGAAGCAGAAGAGACUUCUGAGAAGGAUCCAGUCACUAGCUGGUAAUCUGGCAUGGAGACAGCAGCACCAUCGGCUUCUCAUAGUUAACAUGAGUUAUAUUAACUGCAAUUGUGAAUGAAAUGGAAAGUGUCUGCUACUCAAAUAUACAUACUGUUAUUUCAGAAACCGGUGUGCUUUAUUAAUGGUGCAAAGCAAAGCUUGAAAUGUUGCCCUUUAGUAGGCAGCAGGGAGAGGACAUGAAUACCAUGUGGACUCAUUCACUAGUGUUUCAUACAAAACAGUCAGUGGACUUAGAUCACCAUGCAGCUAUGCUAUGACUCGUGCUAUUAUUGCUUGCACUGUAACCUUUUGAGUUGUAUAAAGCUGUGAAAAGGUUUUACUUAAUCCUGGUCAUUUUUGUAUUGCCAUUUUGUUUGAAAUAAACAUUUGAUUUGUUGA